AUUCCUUAAUCUUUUUCUCCUUUUUAUUGGUAAGGCACUUAGUGGUGUUGAUGAGAACUUUUUUUAUUUUUAAAGUAUAGAGUAGUGGUUUGAUUAGUGUAUGCACAUCUCACAUUAUUAUUUAAUUAUCUUCUUUUAUAUGUGAACACUAAUUAGUAAAGUAAGUACAAGAAAUUAACACAGAACACAAGUAGAAGAAGGUAGUAGUAAGAAAGUUAGGAGAAGAAAAUUAAGAUUUCAAGAUUUAGAUAUAUAUAGAUAUAUGUCAUCACACAAUACUACACAUUGAGAUGGUAAUAUUGGUGAUAUGGAAACAAGUAGUGAAGUAGAAUGGUGGAAGAGAGUGUUGGAUGUAGAAGAGGCAAAGAAGCAAGUCUUGUUUGCGCUGCUGAUGCUCCUCACAAACGCUUCCUACUUCCUUAUAACAUUGGUUUAAGUCAUGUUCGCCGGCCACCUCGGCGAACUUGAGCUUGCUGGCUCCAUUACCAGCUUUGCUUUCAUGAUAGGAUUGAGUGGAGCACUUGAAACACUGUGUGGUCAAGAUUUGGUGCAAAAUUGUACAGAAUGUUGGGAAUUCUUCUGCAAGCAUCUUGCACCACAUCCAUUUUCUUCUCUAUAAUUAUUUCCAUCAUCUGGUUCUAUACAGAACCAAUAUUGAUCUUUCCUCACCAAGACCACCACGUAUCGGAAAUGGCAGCUAUUUAUAUGAGGUACCUUGAUUUGCUGUUCGUUUGAAGUCCUUGGCAUUUGAGAUUCUGGUAUUAUUAGCAGGAUUGAUGCCAAAUGCAAACGAAACUACCUCAUUGAUUGCAAUGUGUGUGAGCACAGGAGGUGUUUCCUUUAUGCUUACAUGUGGUCUUAGCACUGCUGCAAGGUUGGUUGAUUCAUAUUGGCAUCUCUGACGCCAUUUUAGAUGUUCAGGUGACAAAAGUUGACGUGAUUUUUGGUUUUUUCGACCUAACAAAAGUUGAUAUGAUUAUUGGGCGUAGUUUUAUUUUCCGUCAACACCAAAAUCUGAUUCUAAAAUCCAUCACCCUUUCUUUCAUUUUGUUUUUGUGGUAGAACGUGUGCUUGAGAUUUUAAAUGUGCUAAAAUUCUGAUGGCAGCACAAGGGUGUCAAAUGAGUUGUGAGCAGGAAAUCCAAAAGUGCCGCCGCUGUGGCUCUGAUGCUCUCUCUUCUUCUUGGUCUAACAUUUAAUUUGGCAUUACUGUUUGGUCAAAAUUUAUGGGCAGGCGUUUUCAGUGAUAGCCAUGUGCUAUACUGAAGACCUACUUGGUUGGUGUGCGGCCGACCAUAUAUUGCAAAAGUGAAAAACGUGUCUAUUCAUUUUAACCAAUUUUCGGUAUUAUAAAAGAAUAAUGUUUGAGACCUUUAAAAAGUGACCCUCAAAAGACCCCCAUUUAAUGUGGAAUGUUGGAUGUGAAGUGGACCCUACAUGUGUGUUUUUAAUCAAUGACUAUUUUAAUGCCACAUAGAUUUGAGAGACUUUUAGGGGUGAUAUUUUGGGGGUCUCUAGCAUUGUCCAUUACAAAAUCAAUAUAAUUUAUGCAGUCUAUCUUCCAUUGAAAAACUUAAAACUCUAGCUCCGCAUAUAAUCUUGCUUCAACCACCUCCACCAUGGAUCGUCAAAUUCCUUUUCCAAUUAUGUUGGUCUUUCUUGUUUUCUUAUUGAUGCUGUUGAGACUAUGGAGCAAAUCAAAAGACAAUAAGUCAAUUUCAAUUGCUCCUCCUUCUCCAUGGAAGCUACCCCUGAUAGGAAACAUUCACUAAAUGAUCGGAUCUCUGCCACAUCGACGCCUACAUGAUUUAGCCAACAAAUAUGGACCUCUUAUGCGUCUUCAGCUUGGGGAAUUGUCCACCAUUGUUGUUUCUUCUCCUGAAGUCGCCAAGGAAGUGAUGAAAACCCAUGAUAUUGCUUUUGCAUCCAGACCUUAUCUUCUUGCCAUGGAGGUCUUGUUCUAUAACAUUAGUAAUAUGGGGUUUUCACCAUAUGGAGAUUACUGGAGACAGAUGCGUAAAAUAUUGACAAUGGAGCUCUUAAGCGGAAGAAGGGUUCAAGCUUUGCGAUCGAUCAGAGAGGAAGAGGUAUCACAGUUUGUUAAAUCCAUUUCUUCAAAUGCAAGAUCAAAGAUCAACCUCAACGAGAUGUUAAUUUCUUUAACAUAUACAAUCACGACGAAGACCGCAUUUGGUGGGAGUUGCGAGAAGCACGGAGCAUUUGUACCACUUAUAAGAGAAAUCGUAGAGGUUACCUCUGGUUUCUGCUUGGCUGAUAUGUUCCCUUCUGUCAAGUUGUUUCAUCUGAUCAGUGGGAUGAGAACUCGCCUUGAGAAGCUGCAUCAUGAAGUCGAUAAGAUACUUGAGAGCCUCAUCCAUGAACAUAGAGUUAACAAGUCGAGAAUCGACUCCGCUGAGGAGCUUGCUGAUGAUUUCUUGGACGUUUUGUUGAAGCUUCAGGCACAUGGAGAAUUUCAGUUCCCUUUGACAGCAAACAACAUCAAAGCACUUGAAGUUUUCAUGGCUGGAAGUGAAACAACAUCUACAGCUUCCGAGUGGGCAAUGUCGGAAUUGCUAAAGAAUCCAAUAGUGAUGGCAAAGGCUCAAGCAGAGGUGAGGCAGGUCUUUGGCAGAAAAGGAUAUGUAGAUGAAGCUGGACUGGAAGAACUAGAAUUCUUGAAAUUAGUUAUCAAAGAAAGUCUAAGGUUACACCCUCCUCUUCCAUUGUUACUCCCAAGAGAAUGCAGUGAGAGAUGUCACAUUAACGGAUAUGACAUACCUUUCAAAACCCAAAUCAUCAUUAAUGCAUGGAGUAUCGGAAGAGAUGCUAAUUAUUGGAUUGAUGUAGAGAAGUUCUAUCCUGAGAGAAUCGUCAAUAGUUCGAUAGACUACAAGGGGAACAACUUUGAAUUUAUCCCUUUUGGUUCUGGUAGGAGAAUGUGCCCUGGCAUGUCAUCUGGAAUAGUGACUGUUGAGCUUAUACUUGCAAAGUUACUCUAUCAUUUUGACUGGAAGCUCCCUAAUAGCAUCAAUCAAGAAGAACUAGAUAUGACUGAGAAUUUUGGUGGUGCAGUUGGAAGAAAGAAUAAUUUGUAUUUAAUCCCCAUUCCUUACAAUGCUAUCCUUGUUGAGUAAGCAUAGAAUUGUUUGCUUUAGCACCUUUAGUUUUCUUUUAUCUUGUGCUGUUGUUUUAGUUUCCAUGCUAGUAUAUCUGCAGUAAAAAUAAUUGGGCGUUACUCUCCCUUAGUUAUUUGCUAGUGAAUAUAUUGUUUGUUUUCUUGUUACA